CUCUCUCUCUCUCUCUCUCUCUCUCUCUCUAGCUCGCAAAUGGCGUUUUCUGCAACAGCCAUGAACGGCCCUCCUCUUCUCCGCGCCGUGCCUAGCUACGCUUCACCGUCGCCGUCGCCGGCGACGGCGGUCUCUUUCCGCCGCGGUCCGAUUUCCCUCCGAUUGCGCAGCCUCGACGCCAACCGGAGGAGGAACGCCCCGAUUCGAUCGGCUUCUGUUUCAGCUGCGCCAGCUUCUGAGCAGCUGAAGCCUGCCAUCUCCCUCACAGACAAUGCUCUGAAGCACUUGAACAGGAUGAGAUCUGAGCGCAGUGAAGAUUUAUGUCUCAGAAUUGGUGUCAGGCAGGGUGGAUGCUCUGGCAUGUCUUACACAAUGGAUUUCGAGAAUCGGUCAAACGCAAGGCCUGAUGACUCCAUAAUUGAAUAUAACGGUUUUGUUAUAGUUUGUGAUCCAAAGAGCCUUCUCUUCUUGUACGGGAUGCAGUUGGACUACAGCGAUGCUCUGAUUGGUGGAGGCUUUUCAUUUAGUAACCCAAAUGCUACCCAAACAUGCGGUUGCGGCAAAUCCUUUGCUGCAGAGAUGUAAGUUAAUGCAGAAAAAGCAAACUGAACAUUAUGUUAAAAAUUAGCUAGCGAGCGAACGUGAACCCUGUGGAUUAAACUCAACCUCUUGGUUGAAGAUAGUUGUUACAGCUAUAGUGUAUCUAUUAUUAAAUAAAUUAUAAGGUCUUUAUCUCCGCGACUCUUUGGGAAA